UCUUGUCAUUUCUUUUUAGAAGGAGGAAGUGCCAGUACAUAGAGUUGUAGGCGCUCUCAACAGACGGCAACCUCUUCAAACUCUUUGCCAGCUGAGCAGGGAAUUCUGUGGUGUCUUGAAAGCAGGGACAGAUCAUGAUGGCUGUCUCGGGAGAGCAGGCUCUGGAUGGAGAGAGAAUGUUCAGGAUGCCCAGCUUCCUCCUAAAGCUGACCAGGGUGGUGCUGAGCCACAAGCUCUGGGCCGUGUUUUUCCUCAUCUUUGUGUUCAUAUCCUUCACCUACCACAAGUUGUACUGGGGCAUCUGGGAAGACUCAGAGAACAGAUUCCCCACCCAUGGCUUGUCUGCUGAGAGCAGCUGUGCUCACUAUGUGCCUUCUCCCCUCAGCACUGUUGGUGGACCCUCUCCUUCUGCAGGAAAUGUGUUUUUUGUGGAGACCUCACAGCAAACUGCCCCAAGUUACCUGUUCUCAUGCUCUGUGGAGUCAGCAGCCAGGACACAUCCUGCAUCAAGAGUUGUGGUGCUCAUGAGAGGGUUGGACAAAAAAAAUACCUCUUUACCCAAGCACUGGGCUUUCUCCUUGCUGAGCUGCUUCCCCAACGUGGAAAUCCGACCCCUGGACUUGACAGAGCUCUUUUCUGGGACACCACUGGCCCAGUGGUACUUGCAGCCUCAGCGUCACCUGGAGCCUCAUUUUUUCCCUGUCCUCUCUGACGCCUGCAGGAUUGUCCUCAUGUGGAAAUUUGGUGGCAUCUACCUGGACACAGAUUUCAUUGUGCUUAAGAACUUACAGAACCUCACCAAUGCCCUCGGGAUUCAGGAUCAUGAUGUACUGAAUGGGGCCUUUCUGUCCUUUAAGCCCAAACACAAGUUCAUGGAGCUUUGCAUACAGGACUUUGUGGAGGACUACAAUGGCUGGAUCUGGGGACACCAAGGCCCAGAGCUCCUAAGUCGUGUCUUCAAGAAGUGGUGCUCCAUCCGGACUAUCAGGAGCAUGAGCUGCCAAGGCGUGAAUGCUCUUCCCCCAGAAGCUGUUUAUCCUGUUCCCUGGCAGGACUGGAAGAAGUUGUUUGAGGCAGUGAAUGCCUCAGAGUUUCACAAACUCCUUAAGAACACCUAUGCUGUGCACAUAUGGAACAAGCUGAGUCAUGGGACCAAGUUAGAGAUCCCCUCCCAGGCUCUGCUGGCUCAGCUCUAUUCCCAAUUCUGCCCUGCCACCUAUGCAAAGAUGAAACAGGACUCUGAACAGUUGUCAAGGCGUGCAGUGUGACCUGUGGGCCCUUGGCUGCAGGGAUGUUCCCCAGACUGAAGGAAAUCGAGUGCCUUUGACCUUCCCCAAAGCUGGUUUCUAGACCCCAGAGCAGGUGUUCUGUGUGACAGCUCUGGUUUUGUGCCUAAUAUCCCUGGUAUCUGCCUCCAAUCCUUUGUGUUUCAAAUUUACAGCAGAACCUGAGUUCAGCCUCUCUUGCUGUUCUUCAGGUUCAGGGUAAGGGUGAACAUGUUCAUCAGCAUCUCUCAGCUGAUGAAGUCUCUUGGUGUUCUCCAAUGGCUCCUCCUGUGAAUCCCAGGCUGAGUAGCCCCUUGUGAGGUUUCAACAGCUGUAUGGACCCCUGGCUUGCUCUCUAUGGCAUUUGAAAUUUUUAGAGAAUAUUCUGUUGAGGGGACCCACAAAUACCACGCGUCCAACCCCUGGCCCUGCUGGGGAGCAGGGCACUUCAACAAUCAUGCCUGUGCAUGAGAACUUCGUCCUUGGUGCUGUGACCCUUCCCUGGGGAGCAUGUUCAGUGCCCUGCCACCCUCUGGGGGAAGAAUCUUUUCCUGAUAUCCCUCCUAACCCUCCCCUGACAUAGCUCCAGCCCUUCCCUGUAUCUUGUCACUGGUUACACAGAGCAGAGAUCAGAGCCUGCCCCUCUUCCCCUUGUGAGGAAGCUGCAGAACUGCUGUGAGCUGUGACCUCAGUCUGCUCUUCUCCAGCUGAACAGACCAAGUGACAGCAGCUGUUCCUUGUGUGGCCUCACCUCCAGGCCCUUCACCAUCUCCAUGUCUCUCCUUUGGACACUCUCUGACAGCUUUAGUUCUUAUACUCUGGCACAUAAAACCCCCCACGAUAUUCCAGGUGAGGCCGCCCCAGCCCAGCGCAGAGUGGGACAAUCCCUCCCUGGUCUGACCGGCCAUGCUGGGCCUGGUGCCCCAGGACAGGGAUGUCCCUCCUGGCUCCAGGGCACUGCUGGCUCAUGUCCAGCUGGCACAGCCUGGUCCCUUC